CGCUGCCGCCCCCGCCGCCGCCGCCGCAGGCGCAGACCGCCCCGCACCCCGAGGACCUCGAGAUCAAGCCCGGCAUCGCUGAGAUGAUACGCGAGGAGGAGCGGGUAAGUGCGGAUGAUGAUACCGAGGACUCGAAGUACGGAGCGCCGGAGGACUUCGCGAAGCUGCUGGAGUCUUCUCACGCCUGGCUCGGCGCCUCCACGUCGUCCAUUGCCGGAUGGUCACGGUCCGGUGGACAGUACUCAGCAGACAGCUACCAGUACCAGCUGCAGUCGAUGUGGCAGAAGUGCUGGAACACGAACCAGAGCCUGGUGCACAACCUGCGCUUCCGCGAGCGCGGGCCGCUCAAGUCGUGGCGACCCGAGACCAUGGCCGAGGCCAUCUUCUCCGUGCUGCGCGAGGGGCUGUCGCUGUCGCAGGCGGCGCGCAAGUACGACAUCCCCUACCCGACGUUCGUGCUCUACGCCAACCGCGUGCACAACAUGCUCGGACCUUCCACCGAUGGCGGAGCAGAUUUGCGCCCUAAAGGAAGGGGCCGCCCGCAGCGCAUACUGCUUGGAUCCUGGCCAGAGGAACACAUUCAUGGCGUCAUACGGGCUGUUGUCUUCCGUGACACGCAGCACAUCAAAGAUGACUCGCACCUUGCCUACCCUCGCCUGGCAUCUCACACACAGGCAAGAAGGAGCCCUCUGCCAACAAAUCUUGUGUCACGCUAUGUUUCGUCACCCCUUGCUGUUGGUGGCUUCUCCCAGCACAUAAAAGAGGACCCGGAUUUAACCUAUUCACACUUAGCACAAAUGCAGGAGACCCUACAAGGCUAUGGUACCGGUACAGAAAGUGGUCCAUCUUGCACAAAUGGGCCAGAAACAACUAUGUCACCUGGAGUAGCAGCGGCCGCAGCUGUGGCCGUGAUGGCACAAGGCCUGCGGCAGCAGAUGUGCUCUGUCGGAGCGACAGAUGCCACUGUUGCCGGCCUGGCAGGGAGCCUGGGGCUGUGCCUCCCUCCUCCACACACCCACUCACACCCGGCCACUUCCAACGGAGGAGCCAGUCCAGCAGUCUCUGGUUCACCUAGCCCACCUGCUGUUCCGUCUCCACUCGCUUCUGUCGGCUUGGGUGGUGGAAUGCCAUACAAGCCACCACCGAGCUUUGCUUCCCCACGUCCUGAGACCCUCUUCCAGGAGGACAUUGAAGAGAUAGUGAAGAGUCCCAAUGUUGGCAGCUCUCCACAGAAUCUUGUCAAAGAAACAAAGGAAACUACUCCAGUGCCUGUCAAGCUUGAAUCUUCAGUGGAGGCACAAGAUGAGUGAAGCUCCAUCAAAUUUUUGGACUUGUGGUACCACUGUGUAGAAGGGUAGAUCUAGUAAAACAUCUAGAUUACUGUGUGUAUUACAGUUAAAGUUUUUUAAAAGUAUAAGACCGUUUUCUAGCCAAAAAUGGUGAGGUCCAUCAAAGACUAUUGUGGUAGCUAUAGAAUAUGGUGACAAAGAAAACACAAACCUUCCAAAAAGUAUUUAUAGAAUAUUUAAUUUUCAGAGUCCUGGUUUAUGGAUUAAAGUAGAACAACAAUUUGAGUAAUAUAUCUGUAGUAGAAAUGUUAUAUAUGACAUUAGUUGCCCACCCAACAGUACUUGAUAAGCAUUUCAUAUCAUUUCACAGUAUUGUAUUGGAACAAUUUUAUGUUUUCAAGGGUGUUAAAUAAAUGAAUAAAGCUGUAUCUGUUUAAAAUAUGAAUCAUUGUUUUGUUAGCACUUGACCAGCAGUUAGAUUGGCAGUCAGCUCGCGUGAUGGGUGUAAUAUUUCCUUCUCACAAGUACAUACUGAUGCAAUAGUACAGUUAUGUAGUUACAGGUGUAAUCAUUGAAAUAAUAUAAUAUUACUUUCACAUAUAUAUCACGUAGUGCUGAAAUCCUUAAGUGUCUGUUUAGGAUAAGUAACAAUAGCUUGACAAAUGCACCCAAUCACGCGGGGAUUGCUUCUGUAAUCCCACUUUCUCCUUCAGCACAAAAAAAAACUGAGAGGCUUCCAUUGUUUCCAGUACAAACGCAACACAGUGUCAGAAGAUCCCUUCACGUUUAUAGUGUACAGACCAAUCAAUGUUAUGUUCAUAUUUCUCUCGUUUAGAAAAAUACCAAAGUUAUAAUGAUUGUUAUGUGUACCAAGUGAUUAUCUCAUGAUAUUUUGUAUCAUUAUUACAUAUGAAAUCACUGUGGCCAAACAUUGCUUACAGUUACACAAUUUAUCUUGUUUUUGUUUAAUGUCAUAUACAGAACCCUAAUCAACAAAAAGAAUUAUUUAUUAAUUAUUCAUGUAACAUUAGUUUAUAUAUUUUUAAUCAGAGUAAGUGUAGAUAGAGAACUGAAUAAAGUGUUUUGCCAACAUAUAUUACAGGGAAAUGAAAAUUGCGGUUGUUGUUGGAGGUUUAUUAUCAAGAAUCUAUUACAAAAUGUUCUCACAAAGUGAGCUAACAAGAUCUUAAUUAUGACUUCAAGAAAGGAUUGAUAUAUAAAUAUAUAUAGCAUAUAGACCUGUUUAUAUUUUGUGAAUAUAGGAAGAGUGACAGUGAUAAAAGAGUGUAUAUUAUCACCGCAACAAGUGUCGGUGUCUGUUUAGUGUUUGUAUCCUCAAUGUGUGUAUGUUGUGUGUGGGACAUCCCCACUUAAUCUGAACAAUCUGCAUUGUGCGUCAUGUUAUUAUUGUCUUAAUUUUGUCCUUCCUUGUAAAUGCCAGUAUAGCCUAGUCAGGUGUAGAUUAAAAUGUAUCACAAACACACAAACAAACAAAAAAAUACCAAUACAUACUUAUUUUUGUGAUUUGUUUGUUUAUUGAAGAAAGAUAUGUACAAAAUUUAUAUUGGUAGUAAAAGUAGAAAAUUAUUUGGAAAUGCCUUCCUGCCAUUGGGGUAUGCCAAGAUUGAAAUAAUAAAAUUGUUGACACAACCACACAAAAACAAAGUGAUAAUUGAGAAAUUACAAAGAAGUGGCCUUGAAAUUCAUUUUGCUUAUAAAAUCAGUUUAAGGAAUUAAGAAAAUAGCUGUGAAAAGAAAGACACAAUGCAGUGAAUUUGUAGGCAACCAUAUUCUUGAUAAAUGAAUUUUUGCAAACAUAUUUGUAUUACUAGUGGACAUAAGCAAUUUUCAUAGCAUUCAUCAAAUCGUGCCUAGCUCAUAACAGUGAAUGUUCUCGGGAAUAGGUUGUACUGCAAAGUUCACAAUAACAUCAUGUAAGUAGCAAAGAAUGUCCAUUGUUGUUAAUACUCUUGGCUUAAAUGUGUUCAAAAAGUAGUGAAGUGCCUUCCAGUUUUCUGACUAUUUGAUUAUGUGAUGUACCAUCAACACAUUUUAGUAAAUUUUUAGUAAACUGUCAGGAAUGCCAAAAUUAAAUGGCUUUGUUUCAGUAACAGGUAUCACCCUAAAUGGCAUGUUUAGUUAAUAUCUGUAACCUUCAGUUUUAUUUGGGUUAAGGGAUAUACGGCACUGAACUGUUAAACAUAUGACACACAUAGAGCUAAAUAGUAGAGUAGAUACCAUGAUGCAAUAAGUAAUAUCAUGUACAGUAUAUCAAUUAGCAUUAUGUAGUCAGACACAGAACCAGGACGUGACACACUAAAGCUCUCUGGCUUGGAUCCACUUAUUGACAGUAAGCUUCAUGCACACAGGUCUGAUGCAACAGUUUCUUAAGUAAUGCUGUUUGUAUAGCAGAAUUAACUUCCAUGAUUAGCUGUGACUGUAUCAUUGUUAAUUUAGUGUGUGGUGGCAUUAAUCUGCUCCUGAGCCAGUUCAAAAAUCACUGUGAUUCCAAAUAUGUCACUGUGUGUUGUGUACGGCGAGCAAAUAUUUUAUUUUCAUUUAAUGGACAAUGUAAUUGUUAUAAAUGGGUUAUGAAAACAUCAUUACAACAUAAAUCAACAAUUUUCAAAUAUUUCUUCUGUGUACUUGAAAAAAGUAACAGAUGUUUUUGAUGUUAUAUCACGCCAUACUUUACUGUUUUUAAUGUUGCUGAAAAUUAUAAAGAUAUUGAUGUGGUAGUGAUAAAAACUUACUUUUCUGUUAGUUACAUUUCAGUAUGAGUUUCACUUCAUAUUGCUUUUUUGUUGAUCAUUGGAAAGGUUAAUGUGUGGGAGUAACAUGUUGUUAAGUUAAUUAUUUUCAGUUUUUUUCAUUCAAUGUAAGCUAAACCAUAUAGACACACAUAAUCUUGGCUCCACAGUUGUAUUUUCUACUGCUCUUUGUAUGUGAAAUGUAAUGUAGUAUACUGUAUCAACAUACAUUUGUACUAAAUAGACAUUGAUGUAUUCUGAUGUCCUUUUUGGUUUAAUAUUUUGUUUUCAUGGUUUAUUGAGUGCCAAAGAUAAUUUUCUUAACAACUUUAUUUAGGCGUGUGUGUUUGACUUACAUGUAUGUAUGUACAAGAAUGAAUUUGCUUAUCUUUCCUUAGAGAAAAUUAUGGUAAUGCAUUCCUUUGCUGAGUAAGCAUGAAGAUAUGUGAUCACUGGAGUACAUAAUUUUAUGCUGUUCUCUUUUCUAGUUUCACGUUCCCACAGAUGGACAAACAAAUGUAAGACUUUAAUUCCUUGCACAUAACAAAAUGCUGCAUAUAAUGGAUGAUCCUAUCUUAUUUAGACACAUUAUGUUGGCAAAACUGGAGUCAGAUUUCUUAACAUCUAAAUGUGGAACUUACGGACAGUGAAUAGUAACAAUUGUUCUACAUUUAGAGAGUAUAAUGUGCAGUUUUCCCAGCAUGUCAACUUAUUUAUAAGAUAUUUACAUAUUACCUCCCUUUCCCAAGUCUCACCCAGAUCAAUCACAGUCUAGAUAUAACAUAUGUGCUCCUUUAAGUUUGCUAAUGUCACAGUGUACUGGUGUAUUCAAUAAAAUAGUUACAAAAAUA